AUGAAAUUCUUGGAGACCAUAGUUGCGAUGGUGUUAGGUAUUGCUCUUUCCUUCAACAUUGAGGGAAACAUGAGCUGCAAUGCUGCUGGACAGUAUGACUACUUUAAGUUUGUUCAGGAGUCUCCUUUUGCAUUUUGCAAAUAUGGUAAUGGAAUUAAUAGAUGCAACAUCCUACCUCUGCCACGGAUAUUUACCAUUCAUGGCUUGUGGCCAAGCAACUUCACAAAUCGUCAUGAACCUUGCGUUGGUGCACAAUUUAGUAGAGAUGUGAUGAAUGAAGCCUCCAAUGAUGACUUGCGAGCUGAUCUGGAGUUGUCAUGGCGAAGCUUCAUCAGUGGGCAGUCAAAUAUGGACUUCUGGGAAUAUGAAUACAACACACACGGCAAGUGCUCCGACCACAAGUUUUCGCAGACGCAAUACUUCGACCGUGCCAGGAGUUUGUGGAAGCAAUACAAAGCUCAUACUCUAUUUUCUAAUCGCUCGCUUGAACCAGGCAUAGUCAUCAUGUUUAUCAAUCAUAUAGUUUUGCAACAGGCAUAUAGUCAUCAUGUUUAUAUGGAAAUGGAAAAUCUUAUAUGA